UAGGCCGACAGAGGGAGUGGUGUCAAGAGAUUAUGCACACAGAGAGAGACAGAGACAGAGAGACAGAGACAGAGAGUGUUCACUGAGCUCAAGCACCUCGACAUUACACUUUGCUAGCUUUCUGUUGGAUGACACGCUGCUGUUCUUUCCUAAAGAAGGUAGAAGAACAAAACAGGACUCCAUAGUUUUCUUCGCUGUUGUCAGAGCAGCAGUUGCACACGUCAUCCAGCGGAGGAGAUCUCAUCAGGCCUUGACGAUGGAGUCCUCAGCUUUCCCAGUGCUUCUCUCCCUGUGUGGUUUAUGGAGCAUCUACCUCUCAUUUCUCGUCGCCGGAAACGAAGUCCCGGAUGCAGUGGGUGUGUGCCAGCGGCCGUGGAGGAAGAUGCUGAGGAUCGACGAGACAGGUAACGUGCUGGAGGGCAGUGUAGACGCAGUGCGGGACGCGGCGCUGGAGGGCAGCCUCUUGCGGGUGGUGCUGAACGCCCUUGAGCUUUACUCCCUCAACAUCGAAAACGUCAACGUGCGAGACGAUCACUUGUGCGGCGAGAGUGUGUGGCACGUGACACACAACGGGACACACGUCAGCACCACCGUGGCCUGGGUCCACAUGCUGCUGUGCACCACAGGUGAGGCGCACGUCGUGCAGACCAACUUCUCGCGGCCUCCGGACUCGGGGUUCAAACCCAACGCCAGCACCACGGAGCUGACCACUGAUGCUCUGGUCAACUUCGGAAAGCUGUACGACUCACGGCUGCCCAUGACCUGGUACGUCAAACGCAUCAGCUGCGACUCCAAGCCCGUUUACUCUCAUUACCUUGAUGGGUCAAGGGUCACGGGGUCGUUCGCGGACCUGCACUACAUGGCGCACCUGGGCGAGGUGCAUUGCGUCAUGCGCGACCGCGGCUACGCCUUCUUCAUGAACAACGUCGUCAUCACCAACGACACCGUCAAUGGACAGAGCCUGAACCACUUGGGUCAGCAGUUCACCACGCAGGCGCUGACCUUCAAGAGCCCGCCCUAUUACUGGUUCUCCUCCUGGAGCACGGACGGCAAGCGUGACAACUCGCGGUGGUUCGUGGGAACAGCGCAGCCCAGGGGACACAACAACGACUACGUGGCGCUGGACUGGUACGUGGACAGCUGCUGGCGUCUCGUCUACGAGAACGACCAAUAUGGAUUGCCCAAGUCUGGUUCUCUGGACGAGCUAAUUUUGAUGAUCUCCCUUGGUCAUCGUGUUCGCGUCAUGGUGGACGACACCGUGGUAGAGGCUAACUCCAUCCGCGUCACCGACGGCUUCGUCAUCGCGCAGACGCUGGAGGAGAUGGGCCGGCGCCGCACGGGCAGCAGCGACAACUUCUUCUUCAACACGGAAGCCAUGUGGAAGUGGAGCACCAUCCACACCACGGGGACAGUCCGUGACGUCUACAUCUCCGUUAAUACCAUGAAGACCAUGAGACGCGACUGGAGAAGCACCUCCGUGCGCUGGAUGGUGGACACCCGUUCAUGGAAGCGCAUGCUCUCCACCAACAACCACGGGCAGGUCACGUCCGGCCAAGUACCCGACCUCAUCGCCGCUGUCACCAAUGGCGCCUCCAUCCGCUUCAACUUGCAGCAGGACGUGGCGGCCGGCUUCUUCUUCACCAACGCCGACAACGUCCGCGUGGACAACGGUGUGGUGUUCGCCCAGUGUCUGCGCCACAUCAGCGACAAGCGCAGCAUCAAGGCCAACGAAUAUGAGAUCCAGCUCAAACCCUUCUACUGGUUCCUCAUGAUCUCCAGUCUCGGCGACAUGGCCAUGUCUGCAUGGCACGUUGAGAUGCGAGAGCAACUAUAUGAUUCCGUGGCGCCAGAAGCCAACAUCACGUGGUUCGCCUCGUUCUAGACUAUAGGCACACUGGGAUCCUUUAUUUGAAUUUGAGCCGAAUUUGAUAAAAAAAAUAUAUAAAAAAUGUAUGACGCUCUGCUAUCAUAUUUAGUCUAGCUCAAAAGAUUUAGUUCAAAACCUUCCAUUUCAUCAAAGAGGGAAAGAAGUCUUCCAGAUCACACCACCAAGUUAAGUCCCUUGUAGUUAUCUUCCCUGUAAUUAUGGCUGUCUAUCUUGAUUGUCAUUACUAAGAACAUGCUGUAAUCGACAAGGUAAUUUUGCUUGUGUAUAUUUAAGUUCAUCCUUUUGUUUUCCCACAAGCUUCUGUACAUGUGACCCAAAGGACAAAAUGUCUUAAAGACAUAUAUCAUACAAAGAUGGCAUUACACGUACAAGAAAACUCAGUUGCUGAUUCAUUUUAUAAACUUUGGUGAAAAAAGAACAAAAAAAUUGGACAGUCUUCGAGUCUCGGAUCAUGAACAGUAUAAAGUUCUUUUAUGUUGCUCACAAAUGUUCUGUCGCUGAAGCUUCCUCCCAUACACUUAGUCUCUGUCCACCCAAACUCUUGGGGUCUCUUUUUUCAUCCGGUACGGCAAUGGCGGACUACUUACUCGACUUCCCAAUCCGGGUUGAUCAGAGCCUUUUGGGAACAGUACCUCACUCGAUAGUUAUACUUUAAAAAAUCGCAUCAUAAAAUUCAAAUGUACCAAGUGUUGAUGUUCUUUUGUUUCGAUGUUAGUAAUCGUAUACCCAUAGUCCAGAAAAGUUAAAAAUAAGCUAUAAGGCAUGGACUAACUUUAGGAGGGAGAGAAUGAUAAUAUAAUAUUUAUAUAUAGAUAUACCACAGACAGUAGGAGACAGUAGAUAUAUCCCACAUAAUAUUUCAGACUGUGUAUAAAAGUAGGGAUUAGCUUGCGCUGUAUGUACGUAUGUAUAUAUAUGUUUCGCACCACACCAGAUUUCACACUUCAGUCAACAUCCAGACCUCACCACAAGACCCCACCGCACCUAAGCUCUGCCGCCACUAAGGUCCCAAGACAGUUUCCAUAUUUACCAUGCUGCCUGUAGUUCUGGAUCCUGAUGUAGCUUCGCCAAUCUUCUGCAGGACGCCUUCAAUAACCCGCAUGUUCAUGCAACUGUCCAGGAUAUGAUGUCCUGCAGUCCACAUCCACACGUCAAGAAGUGUCUUUGUGUAUGACCUGUGUAUGAAAGGUCUCAAUGACUACACUUGGCAUCGUAUUGCAAGUCUGAACAACGGACCGACUUGAACAUGAGUGAACACUUCUGAUGGGUACCCGGGGUAUCUCACGACACUUUUUAACCUUUAUGUUAAAUCUGUGACCACUGGAAGUGUGUUCCUAGCAUAUCGACAUCAGUUCCUCACUCUGAGACUCAAAUGUACCUGAGGUUGCGGCUGUUGUAGAUGUCGUAGCCGCAUUACCUCAGGCUGAGUCACGUGUUAAGCUGGUUACUGUAGCAGUAACCCCUGACCUGUCAAGGUAUUACAUCAUCAGCUUAACUUAGUCUUUAGGACAAGAUAAAAAGAUUUUUGGACGAGACAGAGAAUUCUACACAAAAACUGUUAUUGUUAUUAAUCUUAUUUUAUUUGCGACGGAAUCUUUUCCAAAUUUUUUAUGAAGUUGUUUAUUUACUUUGUAAAAGGUGAUUUGCUUUUAUGAGAGCUGAAUCUUCUACGCAUCACCCUGGCGCUUUGAAGGGUGAACUUUGAGAUUUGAAAAAAAAAGAGGGUUGUCCAUUGUCGUUGAUUGGAAGCCGAGUCUGUUUUUGAAGAAUUGUCAGGUCCCUCAGGUGGGAUGGUCCAUGUUCUUUGCCUGGCCACCGCCUCUGUGUUGUGGACCGCAGGUUGACAGUCGUAGUUGUGGACACGACAGUGGCUGGUAUGUCGUUCAGGUGCUAGCGAGGGCGGGACGGAGGGAGGAAGGUGGAGGAUGAAGGAGGUUUGCAUUGUCAAGCCACAAGGCUUGAAAGUGUCUUUCAUCUUGACGGUGUGUGACGUGGUGCGUCAUCCAUGCUCUCUUCUCCGGCACGUGCGAGAGGCAGCCGCGGGUCACGGCUGGCGAGGGAUGGGUGAGAGGUGUGCGUGUGUUGAAACUACAAGGAGAAAAACGAGCGAAAUAGGAGAGAAAAAGGAGAAGUGGGUUGACGGAGGGGGUCAUAGCUGUAAAUGCACGCGUUGGGCCAUAACGGGGUGGAGAUGGGGAUGUCACCUAGAAAAACUAGCAGAAAGUGUGUGAAUUAUGAACUUAUUCCGCCACUUGUGGAUUCGAAUGAUUCGUUCUAAAGAGCAACACUCCACAAUUCGUCCAUUGAAAUGGGGUAGUCCAGUAGCGCAAUGGUAUACUUCUCCUUUUCAAUGGACAAGGUUGGGCGUCUUUUGGGUACCUCGGUUUACCACCCCUUUAAUUACCAUCUUCUCCCUAUAGCACAAAUUAAUCUCGUGUUAAUUGAAAAUUAAUUAAUUAAUUGACCACUGUGUAUGGAGCCACUGUUCUUGGUCCUUUCUGGUGUUACUUCCGUUACAGUGGAGAGGGUGUGUACAGGUGUGAAGACAGGUGUCUGCUGGCAUCGGAGGGUACGUGAAGUUUUGUGGACAGAUAUUGGCUCUUUGGAGAAUGUAUAUAGCUCUCUAGACAGAAAAAAAUGACGAAUGGUAAUGGAAGAAUAAAGAUUGAGUGGACGCUGGAACAAUCCACAGCCUGAAGCUUAGAAUGGCAAAACAAUAAGGGCAACCUUACCGACGCCAUGCGAUGACUAGAACAAAACGAUGAAAACGAAAGUAUCAUAAAUUUUUUUGACUCUAAUGGCCAGUAACAUUUGACCGUAUAUUUUCUACUUCCCCUCCAUUAACUUAUUCACUAUAUGCGUCAUCCAAUGCAGAAGGCAUCACAGUCUAACUGCGGACUUAUUUUACAGAUACAACUGAACUUGCGGUGUUUUCCUUUACAGUUUAGUCUGUUGAAGUUAAUUAGAAAGAAAUAAGUGAGUUUUCCUAGAUAUCUUUACGUGUCCGUUGCUCUCUUGUUUUAACUAAAAAAAGACAAAGAAAACAAGACGAUAUGUGUUAUCAAUCAUUUCCACCCUCACUCCAAUGGCAGAACUACAGCUUCUAAGACUAGGUGACAAGUGUCAGAAUAAUUGUAGUUCAUGUGAUGGGCUAUGUAAGUUUUUUUGUUUUACAGAGUUUACACGACCGAUUUUAACUGCAGAAAUCGCAACUGCUUGCUUAUUUUAUUCCCGGAAUAUAAUUUCUUCUGGAAUGAGUAUAGAAGUCUUCUGUUAAGACUGAAAGAGAGUGUAUUUUGUUGUAAAUGAGGAAAUAAAAUCUUGUCAUGUC